AUAAAGCGUACCUUAGCCCCACCAGCAACCGGCAACGAACCUGACAUGAUGUCCUUUCCCUUCAAGCACGCCAUUUCAUCUUCAAGGUGCUUGCCUCGGGCGUCAACAUCUCAGAAAGUAGUAUAUCCAUCGAGGAACUGAUGCAAAUGCAUCAAAGACUGACAGGAACCAAGAGCAUGUGGUUCAAUAGUGAGGCUGGAAUGCAACGGCGAUCGAAGUACAUCCGUCUCACAGUAGCACCAUCUCCGGACUCGACUGGGCCGAAAGUUCGGUUUGAUUCACUGCUCCUGCUACACUACGCCCAUUUCACGGGAAAAUUAAAUCCGUAUCAUCCUUUUCUGGAUGACAAAUUCGCCGAUCUAACCCCACGACGCUGGUCACCGGAGACGCGGAUUCAGGAGUCUCACAGUCUCACCUGGUUUACCGCAAGCCCCGGCAACCAAUAGCCCUUCGCUGCAGCUUCUGGCGCGAUCUAUACGGUUGCAGUU